UAAAAAUAUACAAUGUAAAAUUUUGCAUGGACAUUUUUGAUACAUAAUUCUACAGAUUUUUAUAUACUUUUACAUGAAAAAUUUUUGGGAUAUAAUGUAUAUAAUUAUCACAAAAUUGUAUACAUUGAAUCCUUCAUUAUGUAAUUAUUAUGUAUAAUCAAUUUUAAAUGCAUUUUUUAAUGUACCAAUUAAUAUCAAAACCCAAAAUAAAACUAAAUCUUGAUAUAUUUUUGUAGCUCAUACUUUAAAAAUAAAUAUACUUCUGCAUGUUGUCUGCAUAGUGAAAUUUAAAGAAAAAAUGACAGCAUAUAUUCUUAAAGAUGCGUCAUCAUACAACAUGAAUGUUAUCAGCAAAAGAGGUCAUCUGAUGCUGUAGAAAUUGUGCUAUAGAAACUAUAUGCUGCUUAUUUUCUCAAAAGCAGAAUGUAAUUAAUUAAUUAUGGUUUGUUAUUUAUUGGUACUAUCAAAAAAGUAUUAAAAAUUGAUCAUGCGUGGUAUACAUAAAGAAAAAUGCAAUAUACAUAGGAUUGUGAUAAUUAUGCAUAUUUUAUAAUUAAUUGUGGUUUGUAUAUAUACUCAAUCCCAAAAAAGCGGUACACUCAAAAUAUCAGAAAAAUUUAGGUCAUAUUCAAAUCUUUGUAUCUUCGCGAAAAAUGGUCGUAGAAAUUCCAUACAAACCGAAAAGCAUUUGAAAGCUCUAGUUUUUGGAUCUUUUAAUUAAAAACUUUGAGUUUUGCGACAUGACCACUUUUAUUUAAAACAGCACAAAAGAAAAAUGAAGAAGAAAAAUCGUACUUCGCGAACGGUUACGCGUCGCGCCGCAACAUGCGCAAUAAGACAAUGCAACAGCGCGAGGCACGAGACGUGCCAGUCCGUGUUAUACGUUCACAGUGUCGUUGAUCGACAGCACAAUUAGUGCCAGUGAAGUGUUAUAAAAAUAUUGAUACAUUUCGUGUGUAUUGUGUCCACAUAAUGGGACAAAAACGUGAUGCCAAAGCAUUGUUUCCCUCUCGGCACAGACUCUCUAAAAGGAGAGGAUGGAUUAAAAGGAGGCAGAUGUUGAAGGCAUUGGCUGGUGAAGAAAGCACAAGGAUAUCUACUGGCGACGAAUGUGUAAAUUGUCAGGAUUCAGUAAAAUUACUGACCGACUUGACGGAUUCGAACACCAGUACUGAAGAUACACAGUGCUUGAAGCCAGUACCAGUAAGUCAAGGUGCUGCUGCCGUCGCAGAGGAUCGUCGCUGGAUCAUCACACGGGAACUUCGCCAGGUAAGUAUGAUUUUUAGGUUAUGUUUUUACCCGCGGUCGCGUUUUUAACAAGGUGUCUUUUCUUUCGCAGGACUCGGAUUCACCGUAAGGACGAGGAUACACGAAAGGACAGGUAAGUAACUGCGCCUUAAUGUUUACAAACAAUAACAAAACGGUUUAUUCACAUGUAUGAUAAAUGUUAGAGAAAUCACACACACCCGUCCGCGGCGCUUAUUCACACACGAGUUAUCGAAAAUAGGCUGAGCGAGAUUAUUUUGCUGUGUAUCGCCCACGCACAGACGCGUGCUAUCGAUGUCGCACAUGCGACGCGUGUGUAAACGGUUUAACGUGUUAAUACACGGAACGAUCGCGCACGAUGUUGCUUGUCUUCGUGCUGCGUAGCGCGGUCCCUGGUUGCCGGUAGGGCGAUGGUCUGUGUAGCCCGGUUUUCCCAGGUUGUGUCCUCCGUCUGGGUACCUCUGGUGGUGGUCUCUCUCGCCAGGCUCUCCAACAGGUCCGGUAGCAGGUACCUGGGCGAAGUGUAGCGCCAAAUCCGCGGGUCGUCGGCGGCCAAGAGUACCCUCGGUGGUCUGGUCCUUCGUAGUGGAGAGAUCACAGCGAUUGCGGGGUCCCACGGCUGCUCCUUGGUAGCCAGCGUGCUCGCUAAUGUUGUAUACGAGAGACGGCAAUAUCUUCGUAUUCAGAAAAAAGACUCAAGUGCGAGUACGCAAAGAGUAAUUCGUCCGUCUUCCCGUGCUCCUUAUAAAGCUCAGAAGUCGUCAUCUUACUCCUGAGAUAAGAUGGCCUCUGGUGGCGUCCGCGCGCACUUCACUUUCCUUGCAGUCGAAAUUCUUACUGUGUCAGACGGGUUGCGCGGCUGUUAGGCGCUUGGUGUGGUGACUAACGGUUUGUGUCGCCACAGAGAGAUUUUCUCGGGCGCAUUUUCUUUAUUGUAUUCGCCCUCGCUGCUUUGUCGAGUUGUCUCGUCCUGUAGAUCGUCCUUUUCGUUCUCUUGUUCCGGCGGUGUUUGGGUAUUUUCGGACUCUUCUAGUACUGCUUGUUCCGACUCGCCUUGUUCUACUUCGUCGCCAUUUUGUUCACCAGUGGCUGGCUGCGGAU